GUAAUGCAGGCGGAGGCGGAGAACGUGUCCUCUGGGAGGCUGUGAGAGCAACCCAGAAGCGCUGGCCCAAGGCCAUCUGCGCCAUCUACACGGGCGACCAUGAGGUCAACAAAGCAGCCAUGCUGGACAGAGUCCAAGUACAUCAUUCAUCCAUCCAUCGAAUCUGUUCCUUACUACAUACUGACAUCCCUAGAACCGCUUCAACAUCCACCUCCACUCCCCCACCGUCGUACUCCUCUACCUCACCACCCGCAAAUACGUCGUCAGCAGCAUGUACCCCUACAUGACUCUUCUCGGCCAGUCCCUGGGCUCCCUCAUCGUUGCCUACGACGCCUUCAACCUCCUCGUCCCGGAUGUGUUCGUCGACACAAUGGGCUAUGCCUUCACCCUCGCCUUCAGCAAGCUCCUCUUCCCCUCCGUCCCGACCGCCGCUUACGUGCACUACCCAACCAUCUCCACCGACAUGCUCCAGUCCUUGGACGACCAGACCGGCCUGCAAGGUGUCAACUCCGGCGCCGGCAAAGGCUUCAAGGGCCAGGUCAAGCGCAAAUACUGGAUCGCGUUCGCCAAACUGUACGGCUGGGUCGGCGGCCACGUCGACGUCGUCAUGUGCAACUCCUCCUGGACAUCGGCGCACAUCCGCACUAUCUGGGGUCCCGCCCGACAGACCAACACCUACAAAGACCCAACCGUGAUCUUUCCGCCCACGGCCGUCUCCGAACUCGAGUCCACCAUUACCGUGACCCCCGAGACCGAAAACACCCGCCAACCGCUCAUCCUGUACAUCGCCCAGUUCCGCCCGGAAAAGAACCACCCCCUCCUCCUCCGCUCGUUUGCGCGCUUCCUCCAGGAGCGCCGAAAGCGCCAGGGCGAAACCUCAGACCCGGAAACGGAACCCAAACUCGUCCUCAUCGGCUCCGUCCGCCACGCCAGCCCCGACGAGACCCACAUUUACAACCUCCGACUUCUGGCCCACGAACUCCGCAUCCGCGAUCACACCACCUUCCUCUGCGACGCCAGCUGGCCCACCGUUCUCGACCAUCUCGCCACCGCCUCCAUCGGCGUUAACGCCAUGUGGAACGAACACUUCGGUAUCUGCGUCGUCGAAUACCAAGCUGCCGGUUUAAUCAGCGUCGUCCACGACUCGGGCGGUCCCCGCGAAGACAUCGUCAUCGACCUCGGUGACGGCGCAACGGGUUUCCGCGCCUCCACAGAGGAAGAGUUCGCUGCUGCCUUCGAGGCCGCACUCGCCCUCCCAGCAGAAGAGAAGGUCGCUAUGCGCCUGCGAGCUCGCAAGUCCGCCCUAAGAUUCACCGAAGAAGAGUUCUCACUCAAGUGGAUUGGAGAGAUUGAGAAGUUGGUACGACUGUAGUCGGUGGGGUUUCCUUCUCCCCUUCUCCGUCCUUCCUUCUUUCUUUGCUUUCAUUGGCGUUUUGUCUGCAUGGUUGGUAUGUUUAUCUACGAAGAAAGAAAUAUACUCUACUAUUUUUUCCUGCUUGAACUCUAGGGACUGUAGGGUAUCUUAUUGUAGUGUUGGCUGUUUAAUUGAGAGUUCGCUUGGGUUGGCGGGGGAAAGGAGAGGGGGGGAUGUUAUAGUAGGUACGCAGGGUACAAUGAGG